AUGGUAUUGACGAAAACAGUCUUACAUUCAUAUCUCACUGAUAGAACUCAAAAGUGCCGGGUAAAUGGUCAACUGUCAGAUUCUGUGCCAGUGGCCUGCGGUGUCCCUCAAGGUAGCAGUCUAGGACCAUUGCUAUUCCUCAUCUACAUUAAUGAUUUACCGAACUGUCUUAAUCAUACAACUGCAAGAAUGUUCGCAGAUGAUACAAGUAUUAGUUAUGCGUCCGACUCAGCCAAAGAGCUCCAAAAUGUCAUUAACACCGAAUUGAAAGGUCUAAGCGAUUGGCUAAUCACUAAUAAACUAAGCUUAAAUAUUGUAAAAACAGAAUUCAUGGUAGUUGGAUCUAGACAGAGAUUAAAAACACUAAAUAAUGAAAUAUAUUGA